ACUACUGGAUUCUUUCUUCAUUGCCUUUUCCUACAGCAUCACCAUCUCUCUCUCUGCAACUGAUUCAUUCCCAAUAUAGCAAAAGCGUUUGGACGAAGGAGAGGAUUUGAAUAUGGAGAGAGGAGGAAGGCGGGUAUCGAGGGGGAUGCUGCCACUUCUGGCCCUACACGCUGUGAACGAGUACUACAGACUGGAGAGAAAGCCUCCUGUGACAGCCGGUCUUCUCGUGGCUAACACACUUAUCUAUUUGAGACCUGGUGUCCUAGACCAAGUAUUGCCUUCCCUCGAUGAGGUCUGGUUCAACCCCCACCUCAUCCUCAAGCACAGGGAUCUCAAACGCUUCUUUCUGUCAGCAUUCUACCACAUUGGUGAAUCCCACCUUGUUUACAACAUGAUGUCACUUCUCUGGAAGGGUAUCCAAUUGGAAACUUCAAUGGGAAGUGUUGAAUUUGCAUCCAUGACUCUAGCACUUGUUGGAAUGUCCCAAGGCAUCACACUACUUCUUGCAAGAGCCCUUCUCUUGUUCUUUGAUUAUGAGAGAGCCUACUACCAUGAACAUGCUGUGGGCUUCUCCGGUGUCCUCUUUGCUAUGAAGGUCAUCCUCAAUUCCCAGUCAGAAAACUACACUUAUGUCCAUGGGCUAAUUGUACCAGCACGUCAUGCUGCAUGGGCAGAGCUUAUUCUCAUCCAAAUGUUUGUGCCAGGUGUGUCAUUCUUAGGCCACCUUGGUGGAAUACUUGCUGGCAUUCUCUAUCUCCGGUUAAAGAGUAUAUAUUCAGGUCCUGAUCCAUUGACAACCAUCAUCAGAAGUCUCACUGGCAUAGUAAGCUGGCCUCUGAAAAUUGUACGGAGCUUAUUCCAUUUUCGCCAUCGGCGAUUUUCUGGCAGGGGGGCUGUUGGUGGGAGUCGUUCAGGAAGGAGUGUAUCUGGUGUCUGGAGAUGCUCAGCCUGCACUUUUGAUAAUUCCGAGUGGCUAAAUGAGUGCGAGAUGUGUGGCACAGGAAGGGAUGGUGACGGAUUGUUGUCUGUUCGGCAUUCAAAUGAGGCACGUGAUCUCUCAUUGGAAGAACUACGCCGUCGGAGAAUUGAAAGGUUUGGUAGAUGAUUGUUCUGCUGGGCUGGCAUCCAAUGCAUCCAAUGGUUGAUAUGAUAUUGGUGUUCUUCACUUGUACAACUACAGGGAUUUUUUGUUUUCAAAAGAAAAAUGGAAGUGUCUUUUGCCUUCCAACUUCAAAUGGUGAAAAAUGUUGGCAAAAGGCAAACGUUUGCUUCAUUACCAAAGGAAGAAAAGUUAGCUUAGCGACAUGUAAACUUGAACUUGAAAAUAUAUUUUUUCCUGUAGGCUUUGUUUGGUUUGAAGGGUAGGGAAACCUUUACAAAUCUUGUAUGGAUUUCCCUACCUUUUCCCUAAAAACAAACAUAGCCUUGAUCUCUGGCAUUUUCGUUGUUCAUGGGUUCUAUUUUAUCCAACAAAUUUCUAUAUCACACAAA